GGUACUUUUAAAAUUGACGUCUCUCUAAAGUCUUGAAUGUAAAAAUUCAAAGUUUAUUUUGAUGAAUUUUCGAUUCUUAUCUAUUCGGUAUGGUAAUAAAAGUGGGAAUCAACAGCUUUGGCCGAAUUGGCAGAGUUAUAUUUAGAACUUGUACUGAACACUCGGAUAUAGAAGUUUCAGCAAUCAACGACCCAGCCAUCGACCCUGAGUACAUGUGCUAUUUAAUAAAAUUUGAUUCAACGCACGGGAAAUUCUCUGGGACCGUUUCACAUGAAGGCGAUGAAAUAAAAGUCAAUGAACACUCUGUAAAGGUGUUCCACCACAAGGCACCAGCAGACAUACCGUGGCACGAAGCGGGCGUGCAAUAUGUUGUUGAGGCCUCGGGUAUGUACACCAGCGUGGAAAAAGCGUCGGGUCAUAUGACCAGCGAAGGAGUCAGGAGAGUGGUAGUGACGGACCCCAGCGCGGACGCGCCGAUGCUAAUACUGGGCGUCAACGAAAAUAGCAUACAACUGGAUAUGAAAGUAAUAUCAUGCGCGUCGAGUACCCUAUACUGCUUGGCGCCAAUCAUCAAGGUCCUAGAGGACGCGUAUGGAAUCGCCGACGGUUUCGUGACAAGUAUACACGCCAUGACGCCAUCGCUUAAGCCACUGGAUGGCCUGUGUGUUCGAGGCAAGCACUGGCGCGACCACCGCAGCAUCCACCAGAACAUCAUCCCCGCGGCCACCGGCGCGUGCCGCGCGCUCGGCCGGGUGCUCCCCGCCAGCAGGGGCAAGCUCGCCGGCCUGGCCUUCCGGGUCCCAGUCGUCAACGGAUCCGUGCUAGACAUCACGCUGAGGUUGAAUAAGAACACUACUAUAGCAGAAAUAUCCAAAAAUAUAGAAGAUUUAAAUAACUCCUUAUUACGAAACAUCAUACAAGUGACCAACGAGAAGGCGGUAUCAUCAGACUUCUUGGGAGACACGCAUUCCUGCGUUUUAGACAUCGAUGCGAGCCUGCAAAUAAAACCUAACUUUUUCAAACUAAUAUGUUGGUACGAGAAUGAGUACUCAUACUCGUGUAGAGUCAUUGACACGGUGUUAUUCUUAGAAAGACAGUUCCAAGCACAGAUGCUUACGCCUACUAGACUCAUGUACGAGAGGCCUAUAUCUAAGAACCUUCAGAAUAUAGAAAAUAACCAAGAAAAUAAUGAUGUUAAGAGACCAUGCGUUUCGUUCCGUGUUCCUAGAUUACUUAACAAUCGCCCAAAUAUGGAGCCUAGCGUACGAAGCCUUGAAAUGAAAGCCACAACAGCACAAUAUUCCAUACAUCAAAUCAGUGCACCAUCUAUGCGGGGAAUCAAUAAAGAAUCCAUUAAAUCCUAUAUCGACACACUUACGAAAUGUAAAUGUAAUGAAAAGCAAAAUAUAGUCGACGUUUCAAGGAAAGAUUCAAAGAAAGGUAAUGAACAUAAGUUGGCUGAGAAUUGUUUUAAAAAAAUCGAGAAAGAGGUUUCUGAAAUGUUAAACAUAACUGACGAUUUUUUGAAUAAAACAUCUAGUAAAAAAUUACAGUCCGCAAAGAAAUCCAAACAAGUAUCUGAAAUAGAAUUGAAGACCAGAGACAUUAUGAGGAAAAAUAUUAUAGCAAAAAUUUCGGAUACCCUUGAAAAGAUUAGGGAGGUAAAAAUGAAUACGCUAAACUCUGAUAUUACCGGCGAGCAAAAGAUAGUAGACGUAGACGAUUAUCAAGAUAAAGUGAGCCUACCCACACAUGAAGUUCAGUCACUCAACACCACUGAAAUUAUAUUGCCAAAGUCUAACUCACCCACUAAAACUUUCAAUUCUAAUAUUUCAUUGAAUACAUUGAAGUACAAAAAAUACCCAAGUUUUCGUGGUGUCGAGAUUAAUGGAAAUUUUCCAUUAAUAAGCACGAAUACAUUUUAUGUUAGUAACGAUCAGAAAUCUGAAUAUCAUACCAAUGUUGACGGUGAAGACGAUACGAGUACAGUGCCAACUAUAGUAAGUGAAAAAUUAGAGAACACACUACAUUUUUUGCAUAAGACCACAGCGGUUAAAUCAAAAGUAACUAAUCAUCAUGUAGAGAUAUGUAAAGAAAAAACUCAAAAUGAAAAUAAAAUUAACACAUCGGAAAAUAAAGUGAAAGAUGAAAGUGUUGUUAGCAGUUCCAAUUUCAAUAUGGACAGGAAAGCAGAAUCUGAUUCAAUAGAAGGUGUGAAUGAACAAUAUAUUGAACUGAAAGAGACCGUCGCCGUAAAUAAUAUUCAUGAGGCUAGAAACCACAACAAUGAUGUAAAGAAGGUAGAUGGAAUCGCGGCUGAAAACUUGCAGAACUCGCCAGGAUGUUCCAAACGUUCUAGCAGUACAAUACAAAAUGUUGCCGAUAAAUCUUUGAGUGGUGUCGUUUCUAGUUACACGGAUCCUACUAUAAGCAAAAAAAAUUGCUCAUACAGAACCCAAGAUAUUUUUGAUAAAUUAGAGAGUGAAAGCAUGUCGGGAUCUGGAAGUUCCCACAGAAUACGUGAGAAAACGUCACAAAUUAUAAACAUUACAGAUUUGACUUAUUCACUAGAGGAUUUGCCGCGCUUAGAUAAGAUUUGCCGAGUUAUUGAAAUAUCCGACGAGCUAUCAGACAAGUUGUUUUCACCCCUCGACGACGAAAACUACGAAACGAAUGCAAAGAGAAAAUGGUCGUUUCAAGAUUUGUGUGAAAGGAUCAAGUAUGAUGAGUUUUUUAAUGGAUUGUUUAAAAAGCCUGCAUCAUAGGUUCACUAAACGUCAAAAA